GGAGCCUAUUUUGCACAUUCGUAUCUGUCUGAAGUUCAAACCGAUCAUAGAGUUUACGGAAGUUCACUACGUCUGCUUACUGUUUCCCAAUAGCAGACGACAGUUAUGAAAUUCAGCUUCAAGAUCCGUCCGUAUCUGACGGACUGCCCGAUUUCUGGAUCCCGAACAAAUUCUCUUAGCGCUCGAAAAAUCGAAAGUGAUUAAUGAAACUACGAAUACCGCGAAUUGCGGCAGAGUGCGCUCGAAACAUCGGUGCUAACUGAUGAGGAAUGGGAGAUAAGUGUCUAGCCAUUAACCAGCCGAUAUCCAGCCAAGUUCUGAACGAAACUUGACUAGAUAUCACAUGACGGUGCUUAUUAAUGCUAAUCGCAUCCUCUUUGAACAAAGCGGAAGCAGGCGCCCUCUUGUGAGCAACAGACGAGCGUUUCAGCGGUUAGACGUCGCCCUUAGCUAGUGUUCUGUUAGUUCGAUAAUCUAACACAGGUGCCGCAAGAAAUUCUUGCAACUGCUCCCUACUGGCCCCAGUGUUGCCUUCCGUUCUUGCAAAGCGCGAGAAAUUAGGUCUGAGUUAUACAAAUAUAAGAAAGAAAAGAAAGUAAGACAGAAAGAAAUGGAGCGAUCUGGAAAGCGCAUGCCGCGAACGAAUAAUGCUGCGCCGGUCGGUUCGAGCUUCCUAUUGGUUCUAGGUUCAACGGCGCUGCAUCAUAUUAUGCCAGACGCCGUCACAGAAGCACGCAAAGAAAGAAAAAAAAAGAAAGAGCCGCUUCUGGGUGUUGGGUUCGCAGACGGUUGGCCCGUUCCCGCGGCAUCGCCGGUCGUCCACUAGUUGCGGGUGCCUUGCGUUUCCUGCGCGCCGACUCCAGCAUUCCCGCUCCGCGAGUCUGGCGUUUAUCGGCCACGCCGGCAGCUCCCAAAGGCUUCCUCUCGAGGAGAACUAAACGUGCAGCGGCAACAAACCCCGGCGGUCUCUCCGAUCCGACUACACCCUAUAAAGGUCAUGGCGUACACUCCGGCCCCAACCCCGACCGUGAUAGUGGUGCCUACACAGUCGCUGACAGCCACGCCGAUGCAGAUGCGCUGCCCACACUGCUGCCAUGAAAUCAUGACGCAGACAAAGAAGACGGUCGGCCUGUGCACCUACAUCAUGGUCGGAGUGUGCUGCCUCUUCUGUUUACCCUGCUUCUGGGUGCCCUUUGUGGUGGACGCGUGGAAGGACACCGCCCACAGCUGCCCCAACUGUCACAUUACGCUGGGAGAGCGCCGGAUGCUGUGAACGCGACGGGACACCGGCCGCCGCCGCCUACGUAAACAGGAAACGGCGCACGGACUGACGCGGCUUCUGCUUUGCGUUGCUGACGCCGAGGAUGACGUGCGGCGGAAGCAGCGGCGACGACCACGUGUCCGCGCUAAUCUCGCGCAAGCGUGUCACGUUCACGUGCCAGAGGCAACUCGUGGAACUCUGCGUUUUGUGCGCGUGCGAAGAGGGUGGAGCUGUGCGUGUGCAAUGGCUCGUUCCCACUGCUGCAUUCGUCCGUCUCGUGUGGUCGGCGUCGCACACGCAGACUUAGAGAAAGGCAGUAAUCCGCGCCAGUAGGUCUGUCAGACUGAGAUUCCUAAGCGGCGCUGAAAAGGACAAGGGCAGGUGUAAGAACGACCACACACGUUUUCGUAUCCGUCCCUCUCUUUUUAGCCCUACUUAGGAAUCCCAGUUUGACAGGUAUAGAGAAGAGGCGAGGAAAAAAAAUUUGUUCACCUGAACUUUCCCUCGCACUAGUAUUGUACUUUGCCUUCCGCAUUUCUGCGGAACUAGUAUGUGUGGUUGCACCAUAGAAAAUGUGCAAGUGUUCGAUCUCAGAAAGAAAGCAAGUGAACGUAAAGGCUACGCGAUUUCAGGAAAUUUUAUUUCAGCAAUAAUUUUCAGUAAAUUCUGUUCAUUAAUUUCCGUGGUGCUUAACUUGUAGACAUUCUUCGUGGACAUUUUUAUUUAAACUGGUGGCAAUUAGUUUGGCAAUCUUCCUUGAAGACCACUCUCAGUAAACAUCUUGGCAAUUGA